AUGCCCUCCAGCCCGACCGUACCACCUAGCCAGCCAUACCGGCCUCCAGCAGCUCAGUCUGCUUUCGGUCUGCCAUCCCCCCCUUUCGUGCUUCAUCAUCCAGCUUCCGAGGGCCCAUUGAUACCAUUGAAUUGUGUCACUACGUACGAGGUGGGAGAAGGGAAAUCUCAAAAAGAGACUUUUGACGACACGGGGGGGAAGAAAGGGGGGUUACGUGUGUCUCGUCGGUCUUUUCUCUCCCGGCCGAGAAGAAUCACCCGGAAUGCUGUGGAGUUCCGGAAUUCUAUUUCGCUGGACAACUCACGAGAUACUGAACUGGACCCUUUGUUCUGA